ACAAUGUCCAGGGUGGUGCCCGGCCCACCACCACAGGCCCUGUCCACCAUGCUGACCAGCCUGUGGCUGCUGCUCAGCUGUGCUGUCCCAGGGCUGGGGUUCUACAUCUCUGUCAGCUGUCCCAGCGGGAAGCAGUGCCACCGGGCCCUGCUCUCGGACAACGACGUCCUCCUGCACUGCAACUCCUCCGGGGCACAGUGGUACUACUUCUUCCUGCAAGACAUGACCGGCUGGUCCAACAAUUUCCACACCGUCCGCAACGCGGAGAUAAUGCCCGACGGCAGCCUGCUCAUUCGGAGUCCCCCGCCCUACCAGACAGGCCUCUACGAGUGCCGGGACAAGGACAGCGUCCUGGUGGCCCAGUACAGUAUCGACUUCCAAGACGUGAGCAACCUGCACAUCACUCACAGGGGCCUGGGCCAAAAGCCCCUGGAGAACGAGACGCUGAGCCUGGACGGCAAGCACGUCGUGUUCACCCACUGGGAGCCCUGGCAGGACUGCAACCGCUGCGGGCAGCCGGGCGAGCGCAAACGCCUGGGCUACUGCUACAUCGAGGAGCGGCUGGAGGAGCCCCUGCCCUGCGGGCUCUACCUGGGGGAUUUGAAGGUGUGGUACCCCCGCCUGCAGCCUGAGAUGCAGGUGGAAGCCUGCCACAUCGAGUGCAAAGAGUCCACAGUGGCGUACGUCACUUUCGACAACUUUAAGCUCAGUGAGAAUUCGGAAUCUGCAUGGCUUACCUGCCCCUUAGGAUCCAUCUACAGGCCCAUCAUCUGGGAAGUCAACAACAGGCCCCUGACCUGGCAGGGCCAGCUGUCUGGCCAGGAUGUAAGCACCUUCCUGGACCCCUCCAAUGGCGGCAGGCGCCUGCAGGUCUUCCAGCCGGCCGUCUACAAGUGCUUCGUGCAGCAGGAGCUCAUGGCUCGAUUCAACCCCUGGCCCAAUCCCGAGAUGCCGGGGACUCCCGGGACAGAGGCCGCUGGACCACGGGAGGCAGAGGAGGCCGGGAGGGGGAAGGCCGACUCCAUCCUCAAGGGGCUGCAGCUGAUGCUGCUGGCUGUCGCGGUCCUGGGCCUGCUCGGGGUGCUGCUCAGGCUCUUGCGCCUUUCCCAGGGCAAGAGAGGCAAGCAGGUGCUGCUGGUGAAAUAAAGCGGGGCCUCUGUGCC